AUGCUUCCAAUAUUUUCAUUUCUAUUGUUUGUUUUGGCCUGCAAAGCGGAUCACACUGAAGAACGAAACCGGGGAGCUACACUUAAACCGAUUUCAACGUGUUGUGAUAUCCCAGAGUUAGGUGACGAUAAGUAUUUAGCUGAGUGUUCUGUACCUAGAUUGUCUGGACCCUGCAACGAUGUCCAAUGCGUCUUCGAAAAGUCUGGUUUUCUAGUGGACAAGUACACGAUAAACAAGGAAGCCUACAAAAAGCAUUUGCAGAAAUGGCUUGAGGGCCACGAGGCAUGGAAGGAUGCGAUCGACAAAGCCAUCAAAGACUGCGUAGACCGUGACUUAAGGCAGUACCUAGAUUACCCCUGCAAAGCUUACGACGUGUUUACUUGCACCGGUAUUGCUAUGCUUAAGAAAUGCCCUAAAGAGUUCUGGAAAUGCUGA